UUUAUGUAGUGCGAUUUGCAUCUUCUCUAAUGUGAUAAUCUAAUGUACUUAUAUUGUUUUGAUUUCUCUCUAAUGUUUUUUAUCUUUGCUGUGAUAGUACAUAUAUAUUUACAUUUCAAUUUGAACAUCGAAGAGAAAGAAAGUUCACAUAUCAACAUCUUCGUACAUCCACAAAAAAAUGCAAACACUGAUAAUUUUAAUUGUUUUUAUGCUCCAGUUGAUUCAGUAUACCUUUUUUUUUGAUUCUGACAAACUUUUGACUCAGAGAAAAAUUCUUUGACACUUCGAGACUCCAUGUAAUUUCGUAAGUCUUUUAGGGUGAUUGAAUCUUCUGGUGUCAAAUACCCUCAAGCCUAGUCAAUUGGUUCAGUCAAGUUCGAAAUUCACUAUUUUCUCCUUGGUAAGCUCUUAUGCACAUUUGCACCCAAACUCUUCAGUAAUUAUAGUCGUAAAAAAAUUUGAUUAAGUUCAAACGUAAAUUAAGAUUUAUCAAAAGUUCGUUGUGUUCUAUUUAAAAGAAGUGAUACACUCACACUCCAAAAUUCUCUUGUGUACCAGUAUCCUUACUAUCGGCUGACAUUCAUCUGAAUGCUCGAUGGCAACAGAAUAUUUUUUUAAAUUAUGCUGAAUUUUAUUCGUGACAUCCAUACAUUUUUUUGUGAUUUUUGUAUAAUUUUUUGCGGACGAUUACGAACAUAGGAGUCAACAGACAAGAUUACGAUAACAAACAGAGAAAGAAUGACAAGGAAGCGAAAUCGAACAGAAUGAAAAUCGAAAUCGAGGGAGUGAUGUCGAGGUUGGCGUGCAUUGCUGUUAUUCCUUUUGUUUGUUCUUCCGAUACCGUAUAUCUUGACACCGAAGACACCGUGCCGGGGGAAGGGAUCGAUCCUUCUGAUGUCUGACUAACAAUCAGAUGCAUAGAACCGCUACGCCAUCCCCGGCGAUGGCAACAGAAUGGUAUCACUGUAGCUGGAGGAAAUCGACAAGGCAAUGGAAUCAAUCAACUCUCAAACCCAUGUGGUUUGUAUGUUGAUAAUGAUCAAACAAUCUAUGUUGCUGAUCAAUCAAAUCACCGUAUUGUGGAAUGGAAACGAGGUGCAACGAGUGGCCAAGUGGUUGCCGGUGGAAAUGGAAAAGGAAGUGGAGAUCAUCAAUUGUCUAACCCAUAUGAUGUGAUUAUCGACAAAGAGAGAGAUAGUCUCAUCAUAUGCGAUUCUUGGAAUGGAAGAGUGGUUCGAUGGCCUCGUCGAAAUGGGACAAGUGGAGAAACAAUCAUCUCCAACAUCUCUUGUUGGGGUUUGACAAUGGACGAGAAUGGAUCUCUCUAUGUCACUGACUUUGGAAAACAUGAAGUGAGACGAUAUCGAAGAGGAGAAUCUCAAGGAACAGUGGUUGCAGGUGGCAAUGAAAGUGGAAAUCGUCUCGAUCAACUCUCUUACCCACAAUACGUAUUCGUCGAUCGAGAUCAUUCAGUGUACGUAUCUGAUGGGAGAAAUCAUCGUGUGAUGAAAUGGAUGGAAGGUGCAAAACAAGGCAUUGUCGUGGCUGGUGGUCAAGGAGAAGGAAAUGAUCUUACACAAUUGUCAUCUCCUCGAGGAGUCGUUGUCGAUCAAUUGGGCACUGUCUAUGUGGCUGAUCUAGGGAAUAAUCGAAUCAUGCGUUGGCCGAAAGGAGCCACACAAGGAAGUGUCAUUGUUGAUAGAAACGGUAGUGGAGAACAAUCGAACCAACUCAAUGUGCCCAUUGGUUUGUCAUUCGAUCGACACGGGAAUCUCUAUGUCGUCGAUCGGGGAAAUCAUCGAGUACAAAAAUUCAAUAUCUAUUCAGAUGCAUAA